ACCAGACAACGACGACUAAGCCGCCUGCGUUGUUCUUCAGAGCCAAAAUUGUGACCUUUUAGCUUGGGCCUUUCUAAACUUCAUAUAAGCAUUUAUGUGCAAAAAAUAGAGACAGUGGAGCGAGAGAGAUCUGAAAGAUGGGGUGUGGGAAUUUGUUCUUCGCAAUUCUAAUAAGCUUCUCGGUAGCUCUGAUCACUUACAAUAUUCUCAUAUCGGCCAAUGCCUCUCUCAAACAAGAAUUUCCUGGUCCUUCAAGGUCCUCCAUUUCUGUGGAUCCCAUAAUUAAGAUGCCACUUGACAGAUCAAGAGGCAAUGGCAAGUCCAAGAGGCUCUUCCACACAGCGGUCACGGCCUCCGAUUCGGUGUACAAUUCUUGGCAGUGCAGAAUCAUGUAUUACUGGUUCAAGAAGUUCCAGAAUCACCCUAAUUCGGAGAUGGGUGGGUUCACAAGGAUUCUUCACUCCGGGAAGCCUGACAAUCUCAUGGAUGAGAUCCCCACCUUUGUUGCCCAGCCUUUGCCUGCUGGAAUGGAUCAGGGUUAUAUAGUCCUCAACAGACCUUGGGCCUUUGUACAAUGGCUAAAGGAAGCAGAUAUCAAAGAAGAUUACAUAUUGAUGGCUGAGCCGGAUCAUAUAAUUGUCAAGCCUAUACCCAACUUAUCCAGAGACGGGCUUGGAGCAGCAUUUCCUUUCUUCUACAUUGAACCCAAGAAGUAUGAGAAAGUAUUGAGGAAGUAUUUCCCUGAGGAAAAUGGACCAGUUACCAACAUCGACCCUAUAGGAAACUCACCAGUUAUUGUUGGGAAGGAAUCCCUUAAGAAGAUUGCUCCCACUUGGAUGAAUGUUUCCAUUGCAAUGAAGAAAGAUCCUGAAACAGAUAAAGCAUUUGGCUGGGUGCUUGAAAUGUAUGCUUAUGCUGUUUCAUCUGCUCUUCAUGGUGUUGGCAACAUAUUAUACAAGGAAUUCAUGAUUCAGCCUCCAUGGGACAAAAAAAUUGGGAAGACAUAUAUAAUUCACUACACAUACGGAUGUGACUACACCAUGAAGGGUGAGCUUACCUAUGGAAAGAUUGGAGAAUGGAGGUUCGACAAAAGAUCGUAUGACCGUGUUGCUCCACCAAAAAAUCUUCCAUUGCCUCCAGCUGGUGUUCCAGAAAGUGUGGUGACUUUGGUAAAAAUGGUAAAUGAAGCUACAGCAAAUAUUCCUAAUUGGUCAUGAGUAUAGCUGCAAGUGCCCUAGUUGAUGCAUGCGUUCAGCAGGCAAAUGACAUUCAACUCAUACAAGUUACUGGGCAGUGGAUUGCCACAAUGAUCUGUGCUGUGUUUUCUGUAUUAUUGUAUUGUGUAAUCCUUUGUCUCAGAUAUAGCUGUGGCGUAGUUCGGCCGUGAUGCAAAUCUCAAUCCCACGGAUAUGUGCCACUAAUGCUUGAAAGAAUGUAUUUUGUUGUUCAGCUGUGUUGCUGCUCAAUUCUUUGACUUCCUCAAUAAUAUUUGCUUGGCCUUAAUUUCGUUGAUUCUUGUAUCUGAAUUAGGACGUCCAUUGUGGAAGUAUAAAGAAUUACAAUUCAUUGUGUAACUAAA